AUGGAUUAUUUGCUCACCCCGAAUUAUUGGCUUCUUUUUGAGCUCUCGAGGUUUGACAUAGGGAAACCCCUUGUCAUCUUUUUCAUUCCUUAUAGUCAUGAAGGGUUUGAGUUGACUAAUGAAGAAAGCAGAGGAUCUGGGUUCGGAAUUGGUAGAGAUGUAGCUCAUCAGAUGGAGAUCACCCAUCUGUUAUUUGCCGAUGAUACCUUGGUUUUUUGUGACGCUGAUGUAUCCCAACUUAGAUAUUUGAGAUGCAUUCUAGUGUGUUUCCAGUUGGUCUCUUGGCUAAAGAUCAAUGUUGGUAAGACUGUACUUGUCCUGGUAGGAGAUGUUCUAGAUAUUUCCUCCUUAGCUGCAGUUCUUGGGUGUGGGGUGGGUGAUUUUUGA